CAGGAACUUUAGCAGGAUACUGGUCAGACUAGUCUAGCAGGGAAGCGAAAGGGAAAAAGGAGUCUCCAAGGAGUAUUAUGCAUGCAAAGCUGUCACAUUAUAUGUCUGUCCAGACACUUUGGUUGCUCAUUUCGGCGUCUAUUCACCCAGACAAGUGAUAAUUAGUGGUGAGCAUGAGUUGGGGAGCUGCGAUCUGGGGGCUACAACAAGCCACAGAGCUUGUUUCCGGCACCAAUGCAUGGGCUGAAUUGUUUGACCGUAUUAGCUCCUUAAUUUCUUCGCAUUCUCAACGGACAGAUAUCUGUGAGCAACUAGGCAACCAUGAAGAUCAACAGCUCAUACAGGACAACCUGCGGCAACUACAGACUGAUCUGCAACAGCUGCAAACAACUAUGCCAAAGAUGCACGAUCUUAUUGAGCGUCUUGAGUGGCAAAUCCAUAAGAAACCAGCAGCCGAACUCCUACCGCAUAUCAAGGAUGCAGUUUAUGAUGCUGAGGAUCUCCUUGAUGAGUUUAACUACUAUGAGCUCAAAGUGAAAAUUGAGGGGAAGGCGAAUGAAAGGCAAUCCUUGCCUGCACUUCAAGAAUUCACUAGUAGUGUCAUUCAUGGAAACUUCAACAGGUUGAAGGAAAGCCAGCAUAAGCUAGAUCAUCUAUAUUACCAGUCAAGAGACUUGGGAUUACAAAAUUCACCGCUGAAGUUUGACAAAAUAAUUAGACCAGAAACAAGUUCUUUCCUUAGCGAAUCAAAGAUCUUUGGUCGUCAUGAAGAAGUGAACAAGAUUUUGGAAUUGCUAGGGAUACCAUCACAAAGUAAUGCUAGCUACAAACGGAAAAGAGUUGACAGGGUGGAGGUUUUGCCUAUAGUUGGCCUUGGUGGUGUAGGAAAGACUACUUUGGCACAACAAAUAUGCAAUGAUAGAAGGGUGAAUGGAUUCUUUGAUAUGAUACUAUGGAGCUGUGUCUCAGAUGAGUUUGAUGUAAAAAGGUUAACUAAAGAAGUCAUACAAUGUUCAGGGAAAGAGAUAUCGACUGACAACCUGAAUUCUCUUCAAACCACUUUAUGUAAGGUCGUUGAUUCAAAAAGGUUUUUGCUUGUCCUAGAUGACAUUUGGGAUGAUGUUUUAGAGAAUAACGGGCAGGAAUGGCAAAGGUUUUGCGCACCAUUGUCAAAUACACUUCCAGAAAGCAUGAUUUUGGUCACCACAAGAUCCCAAAGAGUUGCUGAUAAGGUGCGAACUGUUGACUCAUUCCAAUUAGAUGGUCUAAAGGAUGAUGCUUUCUGGGAAUUCUUCAAGGUACAGGCAUUUGGAUCUGAGAACCUUGACAAAAAUCAAGAGUUGAAGAACAUAGGCAAAAGCUUAAUUCCCAAGUUUGGCUGCCAAAACCAUUGGGCGCUUGUUGAGAAUGGAUCUGAAUCCAAAACACUGGAAUAAUAUAUUGAAUAGUGAACUGUGGAAGUUAGAACAAGAGAAGACGGACAUUUUACCAGCCCUUCGUUUAAGCUACAUGUAUCUACCAGCACAUCUGAAAAGAUGUUUCUCGUUUUGUGCUGUGUAUCCCAAAGAUUACAUUUUCAAUAAGCAUAUUCUAGCAGAGAUUUGGGUGGCCCAAGGUUUUGUGCAACAUCAACUUACAACAGUCGGGUAUCAAUACUUUGAAGAACUUCUAAGUCGUUCCUUCUUUCAGAGAGAUGCAAGGCCACCAGAGAGCUAUGUUAUACAUGACU